UGAGGAAUCUGUCCAAAUCCCUGCGAUCAAGUACUGGGAAUCUUCGUCGACUGAUGACCACCAGAGCCUCUCAUGAGAAUUCCUGCUUUGAUGUGCCGUCGAAGGGACUUGUGUUGGGGAUUUAUGUCGAUGAGGAGGAUCCAUAUGACAGAGGAAGACUGACUCAGACUGGGUUUAAGUACAAUUCUAGAUUCGCCAAUGGGAGACUCUUGGAACUGCUAAAGAUGUCUGGACCUUGUCCUCAAUUGGGGGAAUCCAGAAUUUUCUACAACAUCGACCCGAUCUUCUCCACUGUGGUCAUCACAGGAUUGGGAAGUGAAUGCCUGGACUUCUGCGCUUCAGAGGUCAUGGACGAGAGCAAGGAGGCCAUAAGGAUUGCCGCUGCUGUGGGAUGUCGGGAGUUGCAGAGGCUGCACACGGCGGAUGUGAGCGUGGAGAGCUUUGGCCAUGCGGAAUCCGCUGCUGAGGGAGCGGCUCUUGGGAUCUGGACAAAUCACGAAUUCCGCACCCUCGCCUAUCCCUUUGAAUCGAACAUCCACUUGUACGACAUCGAGGGAGGUGAGAAUGAUCAAAUGGACUGGGAAAUUGGUCUGCAGAAGGCCUCAGCUCAGAAUCUGACGCGUCAGCUGCAAGAUACUCCAGCUAAUCUCUUGACUCCGUCGAUGUUUGCCCAGAACAUUGUGAAUAUCCUGACCAGAUCGGGAGUCAAUGUGGAGGUGAAGGUGAAGAACUGGGCAGAGAGUCGUCAGAUGAGCUCUUAUCUCGCUGUGGCGAAAGGAUCUUGCGAACCUGCGAUUUUCCUGGAGUUGAGUUACUUCGGAGCGGAAUAUGAUGAGCGGCCAAUAGUGCUGAUUGGUCAGGGGACGACUUUCGACAGUGGCGGAUUGUGCAAGAAGAGAGCCGUUGACCAGGAGUACGGCAGAGGAGAUAUGACUGGAGCCGCUGUGAUCGUAGCCACGUGUCGAGCUGUUGCGUCAAUGAAGCUUCCUGUGAAUAUUCGCGGAUUGAUCCCACUUUGUGAGCACAUCAUGGGCGCCGGAGCGAUGAAGCCUGGCGAUGUGGUGAAGACAAUGGAUGGGAAGUGCAUAGAGAUUUCCGAUACAGAUGCCGAGGCACCUCUGGUGAUUGUGGAUGCUUUGCUGUAUGCAAAGAACUUCUUCCCGCGAUUUGUCAUUGAUGUUGGCACAAUUUCUCAGGAGAUUUGCGGUGUGUUUGGAAAUGAAGUGAGCGCUGUCUUCACGAAUUCUGACGAUCUGUGGGAGCGUAUGAGAGAAGCGAGCAUUCACACGGGUGACAGAUUAUGGCGCUUGCCGCUCUGGGAUGUGUUCAGGAAGAAGAUCAAGGCGCAUCCGCAUGUGGAUAUGACAAAUUUGGGCAUCGGCAGUGGCUACACGUGCAAAUCGGCGGCAAUUCUCAGUGAAUUCGUGGAGAGUACAGAUUGGCUGCAUCUGGAUGCUUAUGGAGUGAUGGUGGCCAAGGGUGGGGAAGCUUCCUAUCUUCAGGACGGGAUGGCAGGACGUCCAACACGGACCCUGAUUGAGAUGAUCGCGAAAUCAACGGUGGAUCAGAAGAUAGAUGAGAAAUAAGCGCGUUUUUCCUGAUGAUUGGCGGCAAAACUAUGUGUGUAAAAUUUUCGGCUAAUUUAUUCUGUCAUGAACGAGUUUUUAUAAGUUCACUCAAUAAAAUCAUGUAGUCUAACAUCUUUUAUAUAUAUAUAUAUAUUUUCUAACUUCCAACAGUAACACAUCAUCAAUUCACACAACGAACUCAAUAAAUAGGUUUCUUCGAGAUUCUCCUUCGUGUCUCUCGAGAGAGGUUGUUGUUCGUGCAAGUUGGCACAAGACUCUUUUUCUUAAGUUUUAGAUAUGUUGACUCUCUAUUUUCUAGUAGACACCAUAGAUUUUUAUUGUUCUCAAUAUUUUCCAUAUAGCAGAAAAAUCUGUCACCGCGCGAUAUGUUGUUAAUUC